AUGAUAAAGGAACGUAUGACUGUCGAAUACGAAAACGGCAACGAUGAGUUCGAGUACGAUAAGAAUAGAUUCAAGACAUCAACUACUCGUAUAAAAAGUUCUCAACCUAGUGAGGGGUGGUUCGACCCUUCUGACUCGCUAACACAUAUAAGCACCAUACCCGAAGGGGGAGAUGUGCAUGUACAUGAACAUGAGGAUAGAGGGUCCUCUAUCGAUGAAGACUCAAGGACUCACCUGUUGUUUUCCACAGAAACUCGACGUAAAUUAGAGAAUAGACACGUUCAGUUGAUUGCUAUUUCUGGGGUUAUUGGUACGGCGCUAUUCGUCGCCAUCGGGAAGGCUUUAUACCGUGGAGGGCCCGCCUCUUUAUUAUUGGCAUUUGCUCUUUGGUGUGUUCCAAUACUUUGUAUUACCGUAUCCACAGCAGAAAUGGUCUGCUUUUUUCCUGUUAGUUCCCCUUUUUUGAGAUUGGCUACAAAAUGUGUCGACGAUUCAUUGGCUGUUAUGGCCAGCUGGAAUUUCUGGUUUUUAGAAUGCGUACAGAUCCCUUUUGAAAUUGUUUCUGUAAAUACAAUCAUACACUAUUGGAGAGAUGAUUAUUCCGCAGGUAUUCCCCUCGCCGUUCAAGUCGUCUUGUACCUGCUUAUUUCGAUUUGUGCAGUCAAGUAUUACGGUGAAAUGGAAUUUUGGUUGGCUUCUUUCAAGAUUAUUCUUGCGCUUGGCCUAUUCAUAUUUACAUUCAUUACUAUGUUGGGUGGAAAUCCUAGACAUGAUCGUUACGGGUUUCGCAAUUAUGGUGAAAGCCCAUUCAAGAAGUAUUUUCCUGAUGGCAAUGAUGUGGGGAAAUCUUCUGGUUACUUUCAAGGAUUUCUUGCCUGUUUGAUUCAAGCAUCGUUCACCAUAGCCGGUGGGGAGUAUAUUUCCAUGUUAGCUGGGGAAGUCAAGAGGCCAAGAAAGGUUUUACCCAAGGCAUUUAAACAGGUCUUUGUGAGACUAACAUUCUUAUUUUUGGGUAGUUGCCUUUGCGUGGGUAUUGUUUGUUCACCAAAUGAUCCAGACUUAACAGCCGCAAUUAAUGAAGCAAGGCCCGGUGCUGGUUCUUCACCGUAUGUCAUUGCAAUGAAUAACUUGAAAAUCAGAAUAUUACCUGAUAUUGUUAAUAUAGCUUUGAUCACAGCCGCAUUUUCUGCUGGUAACGCCUACACUUAUUGCUCAUCUAGAACAUUUUAUGGUAUGGCAUUAGAUGGCUAUGCGCCAAAACUUUUUACUAGAUGCAAUAGGCAUGGUGUGCCUAUUUAUUCUGUCGGUAUAUCCUUAAUAUGGGCUCUAGUAAGUCUUUUGCAACUGAAUUCUAAUAGUGCAGUUGUAUUAAACUGGUUAAUCAACUUAAUUACUGCCUCUCAGCUGAUUAAUUUUGUCGUCCUCUGUAUUAUCUAUUUAUUCUUCAGAAGGGCUUAUCGCGUACAACAAGAUUCAUUACCCAGGUUGCCGUUUCGUUCUUGGGGUCAACCAUACACUGCCAUCAUUGGGUUGGUUUCGUGCUCUGCAAUGAUUUUGAUACAGGGUUAUACCGUUUUUUUUCCUAAAUUAUGGAGUACACAAGAUUUUUUGUUUUCAUAUUUAAUGGUGUUCAUUAACAUUGGUAUAUAUGUGGGCUAUAAAUUUAUCUGGAAGCGUGGUAAAGAUAGUUUAAAAAAUCCCCACGAUAUUGACUUUUCGAAAGAGUUAACAGAAAUUGAGAACCACGAAAUCGAAUGCUCCUUCGGAGACUUUCAAUAUUAUAGCAAAGCGUAA